AUGUCAGAUCUCGAAGUCUGGGAGGUGGUGUGUCGUUGGCAUGCCAUGAAGCUUCUGUAUGAUCUCUAUAACGACCGUGUUAUUCAACUAUGUUACUUUCUAUCAAUACCCUUAUAUUCUGCCUCGGACGAGUUCGAAGAAUUUGCAGACGCUGUGGCACAUGAAGGGAUUCUUCCAAUGCCGUCUUGCGGCACAGAGAAUGUCUGUCAACUUGAUACGGCGCAGAAGCAGCGAGUCUACCAACGUUUCUACAAAGCGCUCACUGCCCACUGGGUGGCAGUAGAAUCGCUUUGUCUCACAAGAGUAACGGAUUUCGAAACAACUGACCAACGCAAUCGCCAUCUGGGUAUGGUUUGGGAUAUCUGGACGAACAACCCUGACAGAACACUUUUGGAAAAAUUAGAGGUCCUGGAAGUCACUGAUUUUGUUUGGGGCUUCCUUGGACGCAAAAUUUUCUCAGAAAUUGACGCUCCUUCCAAAUGGCUGAAAGGUGGGGGCGAAGACUUGCUGAAUUACUACAUGAAUGAUCAAUAUAGUAAACACUCGAACUGGCUCCAUUUCAUCCGAGAUGUCGCGCAAUGUCUGAGACCGCCACAUAUUAUUGAGCUUCUCCUGCUCAAUACCUGGAAUACCGAAAGCAGAUGGUGUACUCAAGGCCUUAAUUACUUGCACGAGCUCAAAUUUGCUCAGACUGGAGCUGUGCGACAGGUAAAUGACAUGAAUCAAACGGAGGAUUCCUUCCCUUUGACCGUUUUGGAGGAUGAUGUGGUGAAUGAGCUUACUGCGAGCAAAGCCUCGGUGGCACAAAGUCCAGAGUUUUGUCAACUGAGGUGGGAUAUGUACAGAUGUGAAAAAUGGGUCUUUGAGUCAAGAACCAAGAUAUUUCUCCUUGAACCGACACCUGAACAGAUAUAUGAAAGUAUCUUUGGGUAG